GUACGGCUGCACCGUCGCAGCCAGGCAGCCGUCGUCUUCGUCCCGGAAGGCGUCGAGAUGACGGGCCUCCAUGGCAAGCGCGCCACCAGGGGAUCCCGGAGAUCCACACCCCUCGGGCGGUCCAUGACCGAGGCGGCGCCUCCUCCGGCACGCCGAACCAAGCGCCGGCUCCUUUGCGGCGAACGGGAUCCGGAGGACGUGGCCCCGGCGCCUCCUCCUCCCAAGCGCUCGCGCUCCCUUCCAGCUUACAGCGAUCAGGGCCCGACGGAUGUGAGCGUGGCCCCUCCUCCGGCGCCCCGCGCCAAGGCCCCGGCUCCUCCGCCCAAGCGUGAUGAGAGCUCCAUUCGCGCCGGUUGGCCGCCUACCACCGCGUACGUGCUCCGCAGCCGCCGCGUCCCUGCGCGCUACGAGGAACGGGAGGAACUUAAGUAUGAUCGAUCAUGCUCUUCCAGGACAAAAGCUAAGCAAGAUGAGCUUUGGGAGGCUCCAGCAUGUGCACGUGUGGCUUUGGAACAAUACAACAGCAUGAAUCAGGGGGAUGAGCAUGAGCUGGUUAAAGCAGUGGACGUUCAUUCCUUUGUCUGCUGUGGUAUGUGGUUGCAUGCAAAUUUCCUUGCUCGGCGUAAAGGUGCCAAGAACUGUGUUGAUCUUGUUCCCAAAUACUUCUUUGCGGAGCUGAAUCUUGAUGGAUUUGGUCUGCUGUGUGCUUCAUGUGUUAAGAUUGAUUCAGUUGAAUCAAAGAACCUUGGUGGCUGUGGAGAGUGCCCAGGAAAAAUCAGGCACCCUGCUGAUGGAACUUAUCUUGGUGCCCAGGCUUGCCGUGAACCUGCUGCUGGUGGUGGUCUAGAAGUUGCGUUUAGCUUUUGAGUGCAUUUUUUCCAGUUAUGAACCAUAGAUAAGUGAUCCUACUCAAAUUGGACCCAGUGCUCAGGUAGUUCGCAAAAAUAUUGAAUGGUGAUGUCGCAAGCCGGUGGUUUCAGCGUUAGCAAAUUCUGUCGCACGCCUCCUAACUUAUUUUGUUUCUCAUGGCAGCUGGCCAUCAUAUGGAAGCGUCUGGUUUAAAAACCCUUGGGCUGUGGGGCUUUCCGCAAGAUCUCUUGGUUUACAAUGUGGGGAUGGAUGUCAUUAUCUUUGCGGCAAUCGUGUUCUUUUCAUGGUUUCCUUUCAAAUCCAAUUUCCAGCCGCGCAUUCAAUUCAACCAGGGUGCUUAGCCAUUGUCUCGAGAUCUCCCUCAUUCUGGCAGGAAACAAGGGGAAACACGAGUCAUGGAAUGCCCCUGGCUCGUGUGUUUCGUUGUACAUUCUUCGAGUUAACUAGGGACGCUAUGUACAUAAUUUUUGUGGUUACUUGGAACACUAAUCAUGCAUGGACGAAGAGCUAAUCCCAGCUUAGACAUGUCAAUAUUCGCAUCUUGCUUGCAGUUUUGAGUAACAGGAUAUGUAAUCUGGACCUAGUUGCCUAGUUGGAGUAAUUAUUGCUAAAA